AAGUAGGUCGCAUAAAAUCACGAGGAAGUGAAUUUUCGCCGUCCCGAGGAUUUUAUUAUCGCGGUAGUGCUUGUGUUUGUUUCUGUCUUAUGCCUCAAAUCAUAAAGUUGUUGUGGUCUAUACACUACCAACAUGUCAUCAGAAGAAUUAGAAAAGUUACAUGAGAUUUACAAAUCUCUGUAUGACGAACUCGAGCUGAUGCCCCAGCGGAUCUUUCGAUGUCACGGAGAGGAAAGGAAACGUUUGGUGCGGGUCUUCGAUGAGAGAAUUGGGGAAGCAGAAGAAGUUCUGCAAAGUAUGGACCGGGAGCUCAUCGGAGCUCCACCCUCCUUCCGAAACCCGAUGAGCACCAAGAUCCGGCUGUAUAGGCGGGACCUGGGCAAACUACAGCGGGACGUCCGGAGCUCAGACCAGGGGUCAGGCCUGGCUGGUCGCCCAGGGGAGAACAGGCAGGGCAUCUAUGCCUCUCAGAAUGACCAUAGUACUCAUGUACAAUCACAGCGGGCCCUGCUCAUCCAGGGCACAGCAUCACUCAACAAUGCCACAGCCAGCAUCGAGCGCAGCCAGCGGAUUGCUGCAGAAACGGACCAGGUUGGCAAUGACAUCAUUGAGGAGCUGGGCGAGCAGAGAGAUCAACUGGACCGCACUCGUGACCGGCUGGUUCAUACUGGAGAGAACUUAAGCAGAAGUAGAAAAAUCCUCCGCUCUAUGUCCCGACGGCUUGUGACCAACAAACUGCUUCUGUCAGUCAUUAUCGUGAUGGAGCUCGGCGUUCUCGGAGCUGUAGUGUACCUGAAGUUCUUCCGUAAAUAGGUCACCUAGUUGUCCAAAAAAUGUACAGCCAAGAGGCCAGAAGCACCCCACUAUCUCUUUGUCACAUCCUCCUCUCCUCUCCACUUCUCUUACUCUACCUUGAUGAUAUACUGAUAGCAAGGGACUCCAUUUUCCUCCCCUACGAGCUCUUGCUCUCCCUCAGGGAGCUGCUGUUGUAAAGCAGUAAGAGGAGGAGUAGAUGCUGUGCUUGGAUGGUGUGUAAUUACAUUCAGUGAAAGGCUAUGAUUCUGAGCCAGAUGGACCAAGUCUCGUCAGUGAUUAUAGACUGCGGCCGUUUCUGUACUGGAUGUACUGGCUUUACCAUCCUGGCCGCCCUGGAGAACUGAGCCACGGGAAAAAGGAGCACAGCAGUGAUGAGCCUGUGGACUUGGGUCGAAAGAGACCCAGAGAAGACUUCUGAGCCAUGAAAUGUGAGUUCACUUCCCAUGUCAGUGCUGCUGGCCCCACUCCCACUCGUGCCCGCCUUGUUUUUGUGUGGGUGUGAGUGUGUCCAUGACGCACAGGGCAACUGUACAUACUAAUAGAGACUGAAAUGAAUCUUCCAAUAAUGAAUAUAUUAAUGUAACUUACAAAAUAUAAUGUAUUGAUUAAUGUGACUUUUAAGAGGUUAAGAGUUUUACUAUUCAGUCUUAUUCUUAGUAUUAAAUAAAGCACUGAAUAUCAGGUGUGGUACACA